UCCAAGUGAACACAGAAAGCUCUGCAUUUUAGACUUUUUGGUUUGGAAACGUUUAUUCUGCUGCACUAACACUUUUGGUUACCUUGAGUGAUCUGAAUCUUGCUGGAACCGCGUGCAGAAAUGCGUGCAGGAGCCUCGCUGCAAAUGCAGACAGAGAAACAGGGCUGGAGGUACGUCUCUACACAUUGUGUGCUCCUUUUCCUCAUGUGCUUUGGCACUGGAACCUCUUUGGAAUGCCCUCACAAAUGCAUUUGUACUGGCACAACGGUAGAAUGCACCAAUCAGAACUUAACAUUCAUCCCACAACCCCUUCCAGCCAAUAUAACCACCCUUAUCCUAACUGGAAACGAUAUAUCCAGCCUAACAAAGGAAUCAUUCCCAGUUCGUUUGGACCUUCUGGAAGAGCUGUAUCUUUCUGGAAACCGAAUAGAGCAAGUGGCCCCAGGGGUGUUUUACAAUUUGCCAGGGCUGCGCUUGCUUGACCUGAGCAACAACAAAAUCAUAAACUUCAGCCCUGAAGCUUUUUCACAGAACAACAACCUUCAGGUCUUGAACAUGAAUAGAUCUUUGUAUAACUUCACAUAUGUCGAUGUUGUAUCUAAUCUUUUAAAGCACAGUGUUCCUAAACUUUCCUAUCUCGGCUUGGCCAACAACGGCCUUGUGGUCCUACCAGAUGACAUGUUUACCAACUUGUCUGACCUUACCACUUUAGACCUAAGUCACAAUUCAAUAGUUUUGAUUAAUAAUGGUACUUUCAGAUAUCAAGCACUUCAUAGCUUGGACCUACGGGAAAAUUCUUUAAAAAAUCUUUCUAAUGAAACAUUGUUAGAGUUAAACCAGAUUUCUGGACUUCGCUUGCAACUGGGGGGAAACGGCUGGGUUUGUGACUGUAACAUUGAGGACAUGGUUACGUGGUUAAAGACGUCAGAUGUCGUGGACAAGCUUAACAUGACCUGCGCCGACCCACUAAAACUGAGAAACACCAAACUUUUGCUGCUGGAUCUCUCUAAAUUGCAGUGUACCUUAUCUGGAAACAUGAAAGGUGUUCUGGAGACUUCUUACGUCUUUCUGGGUAUAGUGUUGGCUCUUAUUGGAGUUAUUUUCCUGUUAGUACUUUAUCUGAACAGAAAAGGCAUCAAAAGAUGGAUGUAUAAUAUACGUGAUGCAUGCAGGGACCACAUGGAAGGCUACCAUUACAGGUACGAGAUCAACUCGGAUCCACGGCUGGCAAACCUCAGUCUAAAUUCGGAUGUGUAAUGGGGUUUUUGUUAAAGAGGGGAAAAGUCUGUCAGACAGUUAUGACUCAGCUCUAUGUUUGCACAUAUUUUACAAGCAGUUUGCCAUGCUAGAUACAUUAAUUGGCCCCCUCUGAAGUGCAUGCCACCUGCUACAUUGUCUGCUGAUGUGUUGUGUAAUGUUUCGAUGUUGUGCAAUGCUGCAUGAAACAAUAAAUCAUUAUAGAGGUUUAUUAGCUUCUUUUUUUUUUUUUUUUAAGUCUGAACAGUGUGGAGAAUAAUGCAAAUACCUUUCAAAUUGUAUUGGAUGCAAAAUUUCUUUCUUGCAACAUGACGAAAAACAAUAAUCCAUAUUUAAUGCUUGUUUUAAUGCUUGUCUUUUCAAGAAGGAGCUUGCAUGCAUCUCUAUUGUUUUUAAUGUCUGUUUUAGUGUAAUGCAAUUGAUGAUCUAAGUUCAUUUUUAUAGUCACACUGCUUCCAUGA